AUGGCAAGCGAAGCUCAUACCAUUGCGGAGACCCUCAUAAAACCAUGUGUUAUUGAUAUAGUAACUUGUAUGCUUGAUGACAAAUCUGCCAAACAUUUAUCCAUAAUUCCUUUGUCAAAUAAUACUGUUGCACGGCGAAUUAAAGAUUUGGCUUGCAACGUAUCAGAAACACUUGUCUCUCGUAUUAAAUACACAAAAUUCGCACUACAAAUGGACGAAUCAACCGAUAUUGCUGGUCUUGCUGUACUAUUGGUGUUCGUUCGUUACGUAAACAUGAACUCUUUUGAAGAAGAUAUUUAUUUUAUUCCAUGGACAAACUGUAUCGAUGUGUGUACUGAUGGUGCUAGGGCCAUGACAGGUGCAACAGCUGGAGCAAUCGCUAAAAUAAAGGAGAAAUCAAAUGAAACUACUAGUAGUCAUUGCAUACUUCAUAGACAUGCUCUAGCAAUGAAAAAUAUUCCUCUUUGUCUAAAAAACUAUUCAAAACUAUUAACUAACCAAUUAGAAGAACGGCAACCAGAAGAACAAAAAUUAAGCACAUUUUUAAAUGAUUUAGGUAAAUUACGACAAGAUAUUAUGAUGAACACUAAUUAUUUGGACUUAUGA